AUGACAGCCACGAAGGAUCGCAUCGAGCAAAGCUACGGACUCGACCCCAUCGUCCCGGCGGCUGAUCCAAAGGCCAAGGCAGCAGCGGUCAUUGAUGUUCCCAUACAAGACGAGGCCAACGCUGGCACCCACAGCAAAGUCAACGAUGACGACGUCUCGCCCCCGCCAGCGACCCGCUCCACGCUCCGCAUGACACUCAUCCUCGCGGCGCUGUUUCUUUCGCUGUUCGUGGCCGCCCUGGACGCCACGAUCGUGUCGACCGCCAUCCCCACCAUCGUCGCCUCCUUGGAGUCGCCCUCCGGCUAUGCCUGGAUCGGAGGCGCCUACCUGAUUGCCAACGCAGCCGGUGCCCCGAUCUGGGCGAAGCUGUCCGACAUCUGGGGACGAAAACCCAUUUUGCUGGCUGGCGUGGUUCUGUUCAUGCUAUCUUCUGUCGUGUGCGCCACGGCGAUCAACAUGAAGAUGCUAGUGGUUGGCCGAGCGCUACAGGGUACCGCGGGCGGAGGACUGAUCAUGUUGGUAAACAUUGUGAUCAGUGAUCUGUUCAGCAUGAGGCAGCGGAGUCUGUUCCUGGGGCUGUGCGAGGCCAUCUGGGCAGCCGCCGGCGCCGUUGGGCCCAUCCUGGGCGGUGUACUGACGGACCUGGCGAAUUGGCGGUGGUGCUGGUGGAUUAACUUGCCGGUUUGUGGUGUGGCGGGUGUAUUGCUGCUGCUGUUCCUGGAUGUGCAUAAUCCGAGGACGCCUCUGAAAGCGGGUGUCAAAGCUAUUGAUUGGGCAGGCAGUCUGAGCAUUCUGGCUUUGGUCUUGAUGCUGCUGUUGGGAUUGGACUUUGGAGGGACUACGUUUCCCUGGAACUCGCCAAAGGUGAUCUGUCUGAUCGUAAUUGGAGCGCUGUGCAGCUUGCUGUUCAUCUACGCGGAGAAGAGGAUCGCCAGGUACCCGCUCAUGCCCAUGAAGCUGUUCAGGGAAAGCAGCAAUGUCGCGAGUCUACUGGUGGUCGCCUUUCACGGAAUGUCGUUCAUUGCUGGCGAAUACUACAUGCCUCUUUAUUUUCAAUCAGCAAAGGCAGCCUCGGCACUAAGGUCGGGUGUUCUCCUCGUCCCGCUGAUUGUUACCACAGCGGUUUUCGGAGUCUUGACCGGAAUCUUCAUCCAUCGAACAGGAAAGUACAGAGAACUCAUCUGGCUGGGCACAGUCCUCCUAACUGCAGGCUACGGAGCGUUCGUGAGCCUGGUACCAGAAACGUCCAUUGCCACAAUCGUGGGAUUCCAGCUCAUCGCCGGCGCCGGAUCCGGACUCCUCUUCGAGCCAUCGCUCGUGGCACUACAAGCGUUCUCUGCCCAAGAUGACGUUGCAACAGCCACAUCCACUUUCGCCUUCGUCCGAUCAUUGUCUCUGGCUGUCUCGAUCAUCCUCGGCGGCGUUGUCUUCCAGAACAGUAUGGAUGCCAGGAGUUCCCAACUACGAGCAGCCGGGCUGCCGGCCGACCUCACGGAACAGUUGACGGGCAAACACGCCGCUGCGAAUGUCAUGCUCACGCACACGAUUCAGGACGAGGGCCACAAGCGUGUAGUCAAAGCUGCCUUUGCGUGGAGCAUGCGUAAUAUGUGGAUCAUGUACACGGCCUUGAGUUUCUUGGCUGUUGUGAGUGGAGUUUUCGUCAAAGAGAAGAAGCUGAGCAAGGAACAUACGGAGACGAUCACGGGCUUGAAGGAGAAAGUGCUGCACAGAGUUGAGAGCGUGAGGAGUACGGUCAGCAGAGGAGGUGAGCAUGGACAGGAAGAUGCUCCGACAAGCGAUGUCCGAGGCCUCGAUGUGGUGAGAGCGGUCUAG